CACCUUAAGCGCUUGCUGCAGCCGACGCACGCGUACGGUGGGGCUUCCGCCUCGCGCAGCGCCGGGGUUCGGAGCUGAUCGCAGUAGCGCGUCGCAGGCGGUGGCGGCGUCACCGACACCGUCACCCCGAAUCCGCAGCCAGGAACGCGCCCAGCGCCGGCAGCAUGUCGGAACCGCGCUACCGCGACUGGAUCCUUGAGACCAUCGACUCGCUGCGCUCGCGCAAGGCGCGCCCGGACCUCGAGCGAAUAUGUCGCAUGGUGCGCCGGCGCUACGGCUGGGACGCGGAUCGCACCUGUGCCGAGCUCGAGAAGCUCAUCCAGGAGCAGACGGUGCUGCGCGUGAGCUACAAGGGCUCCAUCUCGUACCGCAACGCGGCCAAGGUGCAGCGCAAGAGCCGUAAGAAGCCCGAGCCGCCGCCACCGCCGCUGCCGGGGGAGCCACGCGCACUUCCCGCAGAGACACAGGGCGGCUGCGUUGGUGAUGGUGGCGGCGGUGGCGCACACGGACCCGGGGACUCGGAGGACGCGCGGGAGCCCCGUUGCUUCCCCGAGCGGACCGAGGCCGCCCGCUGCCCGGACCCCCCGGAGCACCCGCAGCAGCCCGAGCGGAGCGGCGGGACCGGCGAGACGCCUCCGCAACGUGAGCCCGACCCGAACUCUAACCCGAGUCCGAACAACAACUGCCCGAGCCCGAGUCCGAGCGCGAGCUCCCCCGCGAGCGGAAACGGCGGCGCGAGGAGCCCGGCGAGGGACCGGCGGCAGGAGCGCCAGAAAGGGGGCAGUGCCGCGGGCAAGACGAGGGCGGCGCGAGGCGCCGAGGGAGGCUCCGCCGCGCACGAGGGCUCCGGCGACAAGAGCGGAAAAAGCUGCGCGCUCGCGCACCCCGGCAGUGGCCAUCCGCCGCGGCACAAGCAGCACGCGACCCUCAAGCCCGGCGCGGUGCGGCUCGCGGCGAAAGGCGGGCGGCGCGGGGGUGCGGAACCCGACGGCGCGGACCUCGGCGAUCGUCUGGUGGCCUCCGUUCGGACCCUGGCCGAGAAGAGCCGCGGGGGGGGCGCCGCCACCACCGCCGCCGCCGCCGCCGCCGCCGCACGGGGCCACGCGCCGCUCGGGCUCAAGGAGAUUCUGGGCUUCCUGAGCUCGCAGGAGCGCCUCGCUCAGGAGAAGCUCACGCGCAGCAGGGUGAAGGUGGUGCUGGAGCGCGAGGUGGCCCGCGGGCGGCUGCGCAGGACGCGCUUCGGCAACAUCACUCUGCCCGUGUCCGCGCGCCCCCGUCCCAUCGCGCCGGGGGCGCCCAAGUCGUCCGCGCGCGCGCUGAAGAGCGCGCCGCGGGAGCGGCCCGCGACGGAAAAGGUGGAGCUGAGGGAGGAGGAGCCCAUGGAGACACACAAUGCCGAGGAAGAGGGGGGCAAAUGCUCACGGAGGGGCCACGAUGGGGGCAACGAGACCCCCUGCUCCCUAGACAGUCCGUCCAUGGACGCACCUGACCCCACUCCUAUCCCUCCCCCACUCCUCCCUUGCCCCACUGUCCAGAGUGACAUGGCAGACGCACACCCUGGGCCCACGGGGACGUCCCAGCCUCCGUCGUCGUCCUCCUCCUCACCUUCAUCCUCCUCCUCCUUGUUCUCCUCGUCCUCGAGCUGCGUGGCGCCAAAGCAGGAAGGGGGCGCUGUGGAGAUGUGUCCCGGUUCCAGCUGUCCCGCUGAGCACGAGCAGCAGGAGCUCCAGGCUGACACAGCAGGGGGCGCCGAGGGGGGGCUGCCGCUCAGGGCUGUGUGCCCAUCGACAGGUGGCACAGAGCUAGGGGUGGAGGAGAAUGCAGUGACACCUGACCAGCUGGCAUCCAAUGCACAGGACCAGGUGAUGGCGGAGCCUGAGGAAGAACUGCAGACUUCCUGUGUUCCAGCCAAUGGCUGCUCGGACUUUAAGGUGGAAGGGGGCGUGGCCUCCUGCCUACUGACCCCCACGUCUUCCCCGCAGGAUCUGGGUGCCGCCACGAAGGAGCAGAGGCUCAACGGGGAAGUCAUGGUGAAGAUGGAGAAGAGCGCACAGAACCCUGUGGAGUGGACCGUGUCCGACGUGGUCAGCUACUUUGUUGCUGCUGGCUUUCCCGAGCAAGCUGCCGCCUUCCGCACGCAGGAAAUAGACGGGAAGUCCCUCCUCCUCAUGCAGCGCAACGACGUGCUCACGGGUCUCUCCAUUAGGCUUGGCCCUGCCCUCAAGAUCUACGAGCGCCACGUAAAGGUGCUGCAGCGAAGCCACUUCCAGGACGACAGCGCGCUCUGCUGAUGCGCUGUGGGAAGGGCGCACGUGCUUGGACGUAACCGCGUGCAUACGCAUACGUGGACACGCAACUGUUACGUGAUGCUACACAUGCAGUCACACGUAUCCGUGCACUUGUACAUGCAGAGAGAUCCACUCUCGCUCUCUCUCUCGCUCGCACGCACACACCCACGGGCUCGAGGCAGUCUGCCGACCCGGUCCCGCCGUUGACCGGGAUGAGGAGCACAGCAGUAGGACCGCCCGCGCCACGACCCCACCCUCAGAGACCAUACCACUCUGCAGUGACAUCGCAGCUCCGCCCCCGAGCUCAGGCGACGAGGCGUCCUUAGUUGCCGCAUCUGCAACCCAGUCAGCCUCCUGCCAGGUGGCCACCAGCAAGCGCCUCACCUGUCUCCAUGGCAACCGAGGAAUAUUCCACCCCACCGCCGUGCACCCUGUAGACUACAUCCGAGUCACGGGGACAGAGGAGAAGAGAACCCAUUCAUCCACCUUUAUACUAGUGCUGUUUUUCUCCGGGCAACUUUGUCGGCAGAGGGCGUCCCUGAGGGGGCGGGGGGUGCAACAAAGGCAAGAAGACAAUGUCCAGAGGAACUUUGCCAUCGCUCGUCCCCUGUGCGCCGCUGCCAAGCUUUGGACCAGCAGCUUUUAACACAAGAUGAGUGCAGCGCAAGGCCUGGCCACGGAGGGGCGCCACCUUGCCUGUGUGCAGCAGAGCAAACGGAUGGGCAAUGGGGACAGACAGCCCUUGACCGAAUGCCCACUGGCCAACCCAAGAGUAGCAAUACUGUGCCUCCAGUAGAGGGAGCCCUGGAGCUCUGCACCCUGUUUGUUUGACCCUCGCUUUUUAAGUAUUUUACCAGCUUUCUACCGACUACAAAUAAUCGUUCAUUUUUUUUUUUCAUUCCUUUCUGUUCACACCCGUCUUCUCUGCUUUUUACCUUCUGUGAGUGAACAGGGUGUGAGAGGUAGACAAACGUCGUGUUACGGAGGUGAAAUGUUCGAUUCGCUCGAAAGGCCCCUCGAUUUCAUCAACCUCCUGGUAUUUGACCUCACCUUUACCCUGAAGCGAAGGGCCUCGGCCGGCGUCGCGAAGCCUGUUUCAGGCGUACAGUAAUGUGCGGUUUGUGAGCUGUAAGAUGCAUUUCUCAUGCCGAUAAAGACAUUUUGCAAAAAAGAGGUGAGCGCAGCUCUAGCCGCUUUGAGUGUCGCCUUCCCAGUGUUCUCCUGUCUUACUUCUGCUUCCCAUCAAUUGCGAUUCAUGGGUCAAGGUUCUUUUGGUAACGUUUUUUUCGAUGCAGUUUUAUUUAAAAGAACCCCUCGUCCGUCUGUUACGGAGUUGACCGUGACUUCUUGCCUGGUGGCUCAGUGAGAAAUGGCACAACGAGCUCAUCCCCCUCCUGCAAUAGUCGGAUGAUGUGUAUAUACUACGGUAUUAAUCAUUUUUUUUUAAGUCACAGUUGAAAUGUUAUUGCUUGUUUUCAAGUUUUUUAAAGAAUUUUUUAAAAUAAAAAUAUUAAAGUGU